UCACAAGAAAAUAUAAUACUGACGCGUGCUGACGUGACGUUGCGCUUACGCCGCGAAAGUUCCGUGUUCGAUUUUUUAAAUUUAAAUUGCUGUCAAGUCAACUUUUUAAUUUUAAAGUGAAGGUUCUUCUUAAUCCCGCCUGUUUUGACGAUAUGUUGUGUAAUUAAAAAAAAUAUUUAUUAGGCGAUACGCUUACGUGGUGCGCGUCAACCGGUGUUUAGCUACCGUCAUAAAUGCUAUCAGGAAAAUUAUCGCAAUAAUUAAAUCAGUCAGUAAUUAAGACAUUUAUAUUUUCAGUUGAUAAGUUAACGUUAUUGUUAUUUGUAGUGUGUAAAAAAUAUUCGUGAAUUUGAAUUUGGAAUUGUGACUCUGUCGGUACCAAAAUGGCGCGAGUAACAUUAGUCCUGCUUAUUUGCCAAAUUUUAAGUCUGCCGAUACUAAGUUACGGCAAUGAAGACAAUCCUCUCCUGGACCUUGCUUCGUCAUUCCUGCAGAAUAUGGGAGAGGAUGGUAAUGACAAAUUGGAAGGACUGUCUGCUAUAGGAAACAUUGUUGGAACAUUGAUGCAAGGAGACAACGCUAAGAAUUUAGGCUCAAUGCUGGGACAAGAUGGCGGUAACGCUGGCGAUGUUCUAUCGGGUCUGGGUAGUUUACUAGGUGGCCAAGAUGGCAAAAUCAAUCCCUCACUUGUUGGAUCAAUGGUAUCGAUGUUCGCCAACCAGAUGGCGUCUAACGGUGACCAGCCCAAGCGUGAAAAACGGGAAACAAAAGAAAACGGCAUGGAGAACAUACUUAGUAUGGUGUCAGGACUAGGUGGUUUGCUGGGUGGGCAAGAUGGAAAAAUAGAUCCAUCCCUCGUUGGAACUGUAGCAUCAAUGUUCGCACAACAGCUGACGUCAAAUGACAAGGAAAACCAGCGCGAGAAACGACAGGCCAACUCCAAAGAAGCUGAACCCGGUGAUAUUAACAUGGGGAGUAUAAUUAACAUGGCAUCAGGAUUGCUAGGGAAUAAGAACGUAGCAGGAAUAAUGCCAAUGAUCAUGAACACUUUAAGCUCAUUCUCUGAUGAAGAGUCUAAUAAGAGAGCGGAUGAACAUAAAGACCAUGCGUCGUUCCUCCCACCGUUUUUAGAAAAAGCUCAUUUAUAUUGGGAUGUUUUUAUUAAUUCGGAAUUAGGUAAAACUAUCUGGGAGAAGUCAGGCUUUAAGAAAGCCACAAAGUCCUUCAUAGGACCAGAUGGAAAACUUAGUUUCGAAUUGAUGUUCAAGAACUUCGAGAAUCACUCAUUUAGACGACACUGGAUCAAGGCUGUUGCGCAGUAUCUAACUGAUAUGGUGGUGCAUGUUGCUAAACCUGAAGUGUAUCAAAGGUACAUAGUGUCUGCGCAGUAUAUAAUGAACAGCUUCCUAGACUCUCAAGGACUACCCAAGACAACUCAUUUCAACAUGAAUAAUCCAGAAAAAUCCAUUACCUCACUGACCAACUACGUAUUGAAAAAGUACCUCGAUAUGGACACAGACGUUUCGGAGUAUGUUAAACCCGCCAUGGACUACAUAAAGCAAAUCCUAAAGAUGGCGCAAUCCGCCUCGCAGAAGUUCGCCAACCGCGCCGACUACCACGCCGUCGCAGACAGACUCACAGACACGCUCAACUUGGAGGUCAUUGAACCCGUUCUCCGCGUGUACAGGGCAUAUAAGCACUCCCUCCAGGCGCCGCACUGCCAGGAACAUCUCAUGUGCGUCGUGAAUAAGCAUCACGAUCAAGACAAACAUGGUCUCCCGGGCUUCAAAGCUGGAUUAACCAAGCUUAGCAGUAUGAUAGCAUCGGCAGCGCUAAGCUUCCAGCACGGCAACGGUUUCUGGGACCUCUACAAAGCUAUACAGAGCGAUGUUAACUGCGAUGCCAAAUAUCCCGCGGACUGCGCUGCUUUCCACGAGCACGAAAUGAAAGUAACUACAGAAGUGUACCAUAGCGAAUUAUAAAUAAAAUUUAGAUAAUAAAUAAUUAUUGUACUUAAUUAAAAUUAAUUUAUUUUAACACAAAUUGCAUUUCAUUAUAAUAUGGCCGCUAAAAGGAAGUGAUCCUGACAUCUGCGAGUAUUUAGUUAAAAAAUAAUAAUAACCGGAUAACGUGACCUUGUAACAGCGCAGUAAGAAUUUUAAAAAGAAAUCAUAGCUUAUUCAUAAUUUAGCGCAAGACUAAAAAUAAAAAAAUAAGAAGUUGAUAUUCUACAAAUAUUUUUUUUUAAUUAUA